AUGUCCUGCAAGUGUUGCAUUUUUCCCGUUACGUGUCCCAGAUAUUCUUAUCUUCCCAAUAUCCUGCGAAUGUUGCAUUUCUCCCGUUACGUGUCCCAGAUAUCCUUAUCUUCCCAAUAUCCUGCGAAUGUUGCAUUUUUCCCGUUACGUGUCCCAGAUAUUCUUAUCUUCCCAAUAUCGUGCGAAUGUUGCAUUUUUCCCGUUACGUGUCCCAGAUAUUCUUAUCUUCCCAAUAUCCUGCGAAUGUUGCAUUUCUCCCGUUACGUGUCCCAGAUAUUCUUAUCUUCCCAAUAUCCUGCGAAUGUUGCAUUUCUCCCGUUACGUGUCCCAGAUAUUCUUAUCUUCCCAAUAUCCUGCGAAUGUUGCAUUUUUCCCGUUACGUGUCCCAGAUAUUCUUAUCUUCCCAAUAUCCUGCGAAUGUUGCAUUUUUCCCGUUACGUGUCCCAGAUAUUCUUAUCUUCCCAAUAUCCUGCGAAUGUUGCAUUUUUCCCGUUACGUGUCCCAGAUAUUCUUAUCUUCCCAAUAUCCUGCGAAUGUUGCAUUUUCCCGUUACGUGUCCCAGAUAUUCUUAUCUUCCCAAUAUCCUGCGAAUGUUGCAUUUUUCCCGUUACGUGUCCCAGAUAUUCUUAUCUUCCCAAUAUCCUGCAGAAUGUUGCAUUUUUCCCGUUACGUGUCCCAGAUAUUCUUAUCUUCCCAAUAUCCUGCGAAUGUUGCAUUUUUCCCGUUACGUGUCCCAGAUAUUCUUUUUCCCAAUAUCCUGCAGAUGUUGUCCCGUUAGAUAUUCUUAUCUUCCCAAUAUCCUGCGAAUGUUGCAUUUUUCCCGUUACGUGUCCCAGAUAUUCUUAUCUUCCCAAUAUCCUGCGAAUGUUGCAUUUUUCCCGUUACGUGUCCCAGAUAUUCUUAUCUUCCCAAUAUCCUGCGAAUGUUGCAUUUUUCCCGUUACGUGUCCCAGAUAUUCUUAUCUUCCCAAUAUCCUGCGAAUGUUGCAUUUUUCCCGUUACGUGUCCCAGAUAUUCUUAUCUUCCCAAUAUCCUGCGAAUGUUGCAUUUUUUCCCGUUACGUGUCCCAGAUAUUCUUAUCUUCCCAAUAUCCUGCGAAUGUUGCAUUCUUUUUUUCCCGUUACGUGUCCCAGAUAUUCUUAUCUUCCCAAUAUCCUGCGAAUGUUGCAUUUUUCCCGUUACGUGUGUCCCAGAUAUUCUUAUCUUCCCAAUAUCCUGCGAAUGUUGCAUUUUUUCCCGUUACGUGUCCCAGAUAUUCUUAUCUUCCCAAUAUCCUGCGAAUGUUGCAUUUUUCCCGUUACGUGUCCCAGAUAUUCUUAUCUUCCCAAUAUCCUGCGAAUGUUGCAUUUUUCCCGUUACGUGUCCCAGAUAUUCUUAUCUUCCCAAUAUCCUGCGAAUGUUGCAUUUUUCCCGUUACGUGUCCCAGAUAUUCUUAUCUUCCCAAUAUCCUGCGAAUGUUGCAUUUCUCCCGUUACGUGUCCCAGAUAUUCUUAUCUUCCCAAUAUCCUGCGAAUGUUGCAUUUUUCCCGUUACGUGUCCCAGAUAUUCUUAUCUUCCCAAUAUCCUGCGAAUGUUGCAUUUUUCCCGUUACGUGUCCCAGAUAUUCUUAUCUUCCCAAUAUCCUGCGAAUGUUGCAUUCUUCUCGUUAUAUCUCCGAGAUAUUCUUAUCUUCCCAAUGUCCUUCGAAUUUUGCAUUUUUCUCGUUAUGUUUCCCCGAUAUUCUUAUCUCCACAAUGUCCUGCGAAUGUUGCAUUUUUCUCGUUAUGUGUCCCAGAUAUUCUUAUCACCAAAAUGUCCUGCGAAUGUUGCAUUUUUCUCGUUAUGUGUCCCAGAUAUUCUUAUCUUUCCAAUGUCCUGCAAUUUUUGCUUUCUUCUCGUUAUGUGUCCCCGAUAUUCUUAUCUCCACAAUGUUUUGCAAUUGUUGCAUUUUUCUUGUUAUGUAUCCCAGAUAUUCUUAUCUUCACAAUGUCCUGACGAGAAGAAUCAAGUAUUAACAACAAAUGCUUGGCUGAAACAGGAAUGGUACGAUUUGCGGCUUACAUGGAAUCCUGAUGACUUUGGCGGUGAGACAGAGUUACAUAUACCGUCAGAAGAGCUGUGGAUACCGGACAUUGUCGUAUAUAACAAUGCCGAUGGAGAUUUUGUGAUCACCAUGUUGACCAAAGCAACCGUAUAUUACGACGGCCGCAUAUCUUGGGAACCUCCAGCCAUUUACAAAACAUACUGUCCCAUCGAUGUAGAAUAUUUUCCCUUUGAUACUCAACUCUGUUUUAUGAAGUUUGGUUCCUGGACCUAUGAUGGCAAUCAAGUAGAUUUGAUUCACUUUUGUCAGAAGUUUGGUACGACCAACGAGAAUGGAAGCAUCUUCAACACGAUGGGUAUUGACCUAAAAGGCUAUUCAGAGAACAGCGAAUGGGACGUACUCAAUGUAACAGCAACCAAAACGGAUAAAGUUUACCCGUGCUGUCCUGAACCCUACCCAGAUAUCACGUUCAGAAUAAAGCUUCGGCGAAACCCACAGUUCUAUGCAAUGAACCUGAUCGCUCCUUGCGUGUCCAUCUCUUUCUUGACCGUCUUGGUCUUCUACCUGCCGUCAGUGAGUGGUGAAAAAAUGACCCUAUCCAUAUCUAUCCUGCUCGCCAUGACAGUGUUCUUCAUGUUGCUGUCAGAAAUCACCCCGACUACGUCACUGGUUAUUCCACUGAUUGGCAAGUACCUUCUGUUUACCAUGUUGCUCGUGACUGCAUCUCUUUUACUCACCGUCUAUGUGCUCAACCUCAACUACCGCACGACAACGACGCAUUCCAUGUCCGACUGGGUACGUCUUUACUUCAUGGAGAAGCUACCCACCUUUCUCAACAUGCGCCGGCCACAAUUCGACGACGACGGAGACAUGCAACCGGGCAAGAUGUCUAUUCACACGGUGGACGGCUUCGAGAUGCGCGAAUCAUCCGUCGACUCACGCCUGAGUUCGCUCAACACUCGGGCCGAUGUUCAUACGUAUGAAAAUAUGCAACAUACGCAUCAAUAUCAGCAUCCGAUUGAUGAGCCGGAUCCGGGCAAAUUGGAAAAAAACAUGGAGUCGAUGGAAGAGUUUGCCAUCCGGGAGCUUGAGGAACUAAUAAGCAAUGUCGAAUAUAUUGCAAGCACCAAAAAAGACGUGGAAGAAGGACAAGAGGCUAUCCGUGACUGGGCCUACAUAGCACAAGUAUUUGAUCGAGGAUUGUUGAUCAUUUUCAGUUUUGCUUUCUUGGCCGGCACAGGGGCCAUUAUCCUAAACGCACCGGCCCUCUACGAUACAAAAGCACAACUCACACCACAGGAUUUUUUUUCAACAUUAGUUGCACCUAUUAACAGGAUUAUAUAA